CAUGCACUGACGCAAACCCGAUCUUUCCCACGGAGAUAUAGAAAGCUCUGCAUUUUGCACAGCCAAAUUCAGUCUGCCUGCCGUCUCUACAGCUGUUUUCUGCUAUUAACCCACAUUUGUUGACUCUGCACAAAUGGAUUUUGAGCACGGAGAAAUGUUGAGACAGCCGUCAAACAGUAUUCCGCCCCAGCAGUCGGGGGGAGCGGUUGGAGCUACAACUAAUAACAAACCUGAGAACGGCCACCCGGUACCCCAGCCGCCGUCCACAAACGAACGGAAAACUUUUUGUCCUUCGGAAAAUAAACCGUGCGAAAUGGAAGCCAGUAAAGCAUAUGGAACGUUUAAAAACGCCGCGCCUGGAUCCACGUUUGCUUCCGUGAACUCUGCCGUGCGCAAGGAUUCCACCGGUAAAAUGGAUGGUUCGACCGCUACACACGGUAAAGCCACGUCGGGCGUGAUGUCUAAUAAUCAAGGCGCUGUAAGGAUCGCGGCGGAGCAUAAUAACACCACCGGUGACUGGACCUCUAUGAGCCAGACCACCAUCAUAUUGGGUACAGAUGGCAAUACAUCUGUUCUGCCUGGCACGUUGACCGGGGAUGACGAUGAUGAUGCGGGAGGAGACGAGAAUAAAGCCCGGGGAAACUGGUCCAACAAAAUGGAUUUUAUUCUUUCCAUGGUGGGCUAUGCCGUGGGGUUGGGAAAUGUGUGGAGAUUCCCAUAUCUUGCUUUCCAGAAUGGUGGAGGUGCGUUUUUGAUACCUUACCUGAUCAUGUUAGGCCUCGCCGGUAUACCUAUAUUUUUGCUGGAAGUGUCGUUGGGUCAGUUCGCCAGUCAAGGACCGGUGUCUGUAUGGAAAGCAAUUCCGGCUCUACAAGGUUGCGGGAUUGCCAUGUUGAUAAUAUCUGUCUUGAUAGCCAUAUACUAUAAUAUUAUUAUGUGCUGGACAUUGUACUACCUGUUCGCUUCGUUGAAGGGCAUACUGCCAUGGGCCACGUGUAAAAAUGAAUGGAACACCAUCGAAUGCAAAGACAAAGACAUGCUGCUUUUGGAUUCGUGUAUACUAAGGGAGAGAAACAUCACAUCUAUCAAGAACACUACAUUCUGUUUAUCUGCAAAUGCUGUUGGGAAUUUAAGUAAACUGUUGAAUGUCACAGCAGAUAACAAAACCUAUGUCAGCCCAAGUGAGGAGUAUUUCAAGUAUAAUGUGUUGCACAUUUCCAAGGGUAUUGAAUACCCAGGGGACAUCCGUUGGCCCUUGGCGGCUUGCCUUUUUUUGGCAUGGCUUAUUGUCUAUGCCUCUUUGGCUAAAGGGAUCAAGUCCUCAGGGAAGGUGGUGUAUUUCACUGCCACUUUCCCCUAUGUGGUUUUGGUCAUUCUGUUGAUCAGAGGGGUCACUCUGCCUGGAGCCGGCUCUGGUAUCCUUUACUUCAUAACACCCAAAUGGGAAAAACUCAAUGAUGCCAAGGUGUGGAAGGAUGCUGCUACACAGAUUUUCUUCUCUCUGUCUGCUGCAUGGGGUGGUCUUAUAACCUUGUCAUCCUACAAUAAGUUCCAUAACAACUGCUACAGGGACACUCUCAUUGUGACGUGUACUAACAGUGCCACCAGUAUUUUUGCUGGUUUUGUAAUUUUUUCAGUAAUUGGCUUCAUGGCUCAUGAGCUCAAAGUCCCAAUUGAGAGUGUGGCAGAUGAAGGUCCAGGAAUUGCAUUUGUGGUGUACCCAGAGGCGCUGACUAGGUUGCCCUUGUCGCCAUUCUGGGCCAUUAUCUUCUUCCUCAUGCUGCUUACACUUGGUCUGGAUACUAUGUUUGCCACCAUAGAAACUAUAGUGACCUCAGUUUCUGAUGAAUUCCCCAAGUACCUGCGAAAGCACAAGCCUGUGUUCACUUUGGUUUGCUGUCUGUCAUUUUUCGUUCUGGGCUUUCCUAUGAUCAAUGAGAGUGGAAUGUACAUGCUUCAGCUGGUUGACACAUUUGCAGCCUCUUACUCUCUGGUCAUCAUUGCAAUAUUUGAACUGAUUGGAGUCUCGUACAUUUAUGGUCUGCAACGGUUCUGUGAAGACAUUGAAAUGAUGAUAGGGUUCCAGCCAAACAAGUUUUGGAGAAUCUGCUGGGCCUUUGUCACACCAACCAUUCUUACAUUUAUUUUGGGACUUAGUCUGUACCAAUGGAAGGUGAUGACAUAUGAGGAUUACACGUAUCCAACUUGGUCCAUGGUACUCGGCUGGCUUAUGGUCAUCUGCUCUGUUAUAUGGAUUCCCAUCAUGUUUGUUAUCAAGAUGCACCUUGCACCUGGUUCAUUAAUUGAGCGCUUGAAGUUAGUGUGCUCUCCUCAGCCUGACUGGGGUCCAUUCUUGAUGAAACACCGUGGAGAACGCUACAAGAACAUGAUUGACCCACUAGGCACCAACUCACUUGGCCUUAAACUCCCCCCCAAAGAUUUCUUACUCUCAGCCCAAUAUCAGUAAUCUUCCUCACACAGUGAGUGCAACAUUUCCCAAGGCCUCUGAGGGUGAAACUGCAAUCACGUCAAACUCUUUCCCUUGUGUUCUAUUUCAGCCAUAUUUCCCCUCUUUUGACACUUUUAGAGGGGUCUUUCAGGUGGAAAGCACAGACAGCACCCUAUGAUUUUGUUGUUGUUGUUGUUUUCCUGAAUAAGAAUCCAAAGUCAGUCUGAGAUUAGAGGUCUUUCUCGCACAUUCUAAUACACUGAUCCCAGCUAAAACUUUUUACAGAGCAAGUGUUUCUCAGAGGCAAUAUAAUGAUGCAGUUACAACUAUUGAGGCAAUAUUUGACUGAUUAUGCAUCAAGCAGUGUUUGUUUUUUAAUUAUUUUUUCAUUAAUAUAUACAAAAUGACUGCUGAUGACUGCAAAAAAAAAAAAGAAAAAAAAAAUUGAUGAGGAGACUAAUCUUUAAAUUUCUCAUCUAUUUGCUUGUCAUCAUGUUCUACAUGUAGUAACAUAAAUGAGAUAAACUGCUGAAUAGUGCACAGUGAACUUUAACUCUUUAAUGGCAUUGUACUCUCGCUCUCCGUUUGUGUCCACUUAUAGCUGUACCUUGUGCCUCAGACUUCCUCUUUCUCUAAUUCAACCAAUCAUACUACAUCAUGGAGGGAAGUGAGCACAUUUCAGUCUCUGAAUCAUAAGCUAUUCUACACUUUAUAACAAUUUACUAAUCUGUCUGUAUUAUCUCUGCAGUGUAAUAGACGCCAACAUCAACAUACUGUAGGUUCCAAUAGUACACGUAAAUCCAUCCCAUUCUACAAUGAAAUAAUGAAAAUUCAGCCAUGCAAAUACUGUAAUAAUACCAUUCAGUGUUGUUUAGAGUAGCAUUCAAUGGCCAACUAGCAGUUAUGUAUGUACACUAAUAUUUAGAGUAUGCUUUCGAGUAUGUGUUGUGAUCUGUUCAUAGACUUUGUGAAUCCUCCUAUUCUUAUGCAGUAUGCAGUUAUAGUAGUGUACACAAAAGAAACUCAAACAGGAGGUGUGGUAUGUGUGGCAAACCAGUCGUCUCGUAAGAAGUGAGUGUUUAAUGAAAAGUGUAUAUUUUAGAAACUACCACUAAGUUACAUGUGUUAAUACACUGUGCUAGUGUAGUGGACACUCUAGAUUAUUUUAACAAUUGCUUGCAAAUGAUACAUAGAUUAGAAAAAGGGAAUUUUCUUCAUCUGAAAUCCUGUGAUACUGUAGAUGUUUGGGGACCAUGCUCCUUCUCUUGAAAGUUUUCCAUCUCUGUUUGUCUGUUUGUCUUCAUGAAACAGGGUCUCAGGUAUUACUCAGUUCCAUCAACCUUAUUAGAUGUUGGAUUAGAGUUGAACAAGUUUGUGGAAGCAUCAUAAUUCUUUGUGGUGUAAUAUACAUGUAGACAAUUUCCCUAUAAAAUAUGAGUGCAAAUAAUCCCUUAUAUUAUCUCUUAUAUCCCUUAUAUUGUGCCGUAUGCUGACAGUUUGAACCUGAUCUCACACUCAGUGUCCCAUUUCAAGUUAUUUCUCAAAUGUAAAUAGGGUUGCAGAAAGAUGGUCUUGAGGUUGUUGUGCUGGUAAAUCGAAAAUGACCAAACUUCAAAACUGAUUGUUAAAAGCACCUUUCUUGAUUAUACAAAAUAAGAGGUUGUUCUCCCCACAAUUAUAAAAUAGUCCUAAUUAAAAAGCAAUAUAUAAAGGAUACCUACAUGAUAGUUACAACAUAUAUAUGCUAUGAUACGUACUUCAAGUGUAGGGAGCCACACUGCCCGUGCAAUGGAAGUAAUAAAAUAGUAAUAGAAAGAGAACAAUAACUUUGCCUGGGCUAAUUGUUUCAAAAGCCAUAUGUGAUAGGGACAAAGGCAGUCACGAGGAGAGAUCACACCAUGAAGCUAGAGAGGUGUUCCAAAAAGAUGUUUAAUUUGUUGGAGGUGCAAAAUGUGCAAAUAAAUAAGUGUUUAAAAACAAGCAUAAAACCAAGGUUACAUAAAUAUAGACAGUCUAAAAACUAGACCUGUUUUGUGUACUUCUAAAAGCAGUAUGUUCUCCCCUCCCUCAACAAUGGAGGCCGGAGUAUAUUGCACUCAAGCAGCACUAACCAAACACUCAUCAUCCAUCCCUCCCCACUCUCUAGAGGUGGCUGGAUUUGAUACAAAAUUUCCCCGCCUUUUCUAUUUGGACCGUACCAUUAUCUUUAAUAAAAUUAACCCUGACCUCCCCAAUUUUAAAUACAAUAACAUUGAAUACGUACAUAAGAACAAGAGAUAAAUGAGAGUUAAAACAACAAUAAAUACAAUAAAUUGGAUGGAUAAAAUAUUUGCACAGUAAAACCCCAAUAAAUAUGAAAAUGUUUGAGUAAAACAAGAAACAAGUCCUUCAAACACUUUAAAAUCCAGUGAAGGAGACUCGCAGGCUCUCCAUCACACAAAAUUUCACAAAUGUAAAUUGGGUUGCAGAAAAAUGUUCUUGAGAUAUUGCUUUUGGGCAAGUUUUGUUGUUUUUGUUGUGCUGGUCAGUAAAAAAUGACAAAAAAUAAUUAAAAGCACCUUGCUUAAUUAUACAAAAUAAGUGGUUGUUUCCCGCCAUGAUUAUCAAAUAUUCCUAAUUAGAAAUCAAUAUAUCAAGUAUAACUACAUGAUAGUUACAACAUAUAUGCUAUGAUUAGUACUUCAAGUCUAGGGAGCCAAGUAAUAACAUACACAUAGUAAUACCAUGAGAAUAACAACUUUGCCUAGGCUAAUUGAGUGAUGUUUCAAAAGCCAUGUAAUAUGCAAAUAAUACUACACUAAUCGCCUUGAAUAUAGAGCAUUUAUAAAGAAUAACACAGCAAAAAAAAAAAAAAAAAAGUAAGUGUUCUUCAGUAUUUAGUGUCACUAAAGAGAUGCUUUUCUGAUAUAGUAUGUUUAGUCUUAAUAUCGCUCUGUGUGUUAUAUGUGUUUGUGUGUACUUGUGUGAAGGUGUGGAUUAAUGUGCAGAACUUACUGUUGAUAUUUAUACUUAUAUAACCAUCCAGUCCUAGACAUGGUCAAAGGCUGCCUGGCAAAAGAAAUUGGUCAAACAGUUUAAAAAAACUGUCAAUCUGGGGUCCCAUUCUCUGUGUGCUUGUUUGUUAGUGCAAUUGCAUCAUAUUUGCAAAUGUCUCAGGGGAGUUCAUCUGCGAGAUAUUUGUCAAACAAAAAUUGGUACAUUUACAGUUCUGUGGGCACAAAAUAAAGCAAGAGACAGUGCUGCUUUUUACUCAAAUAGAAACUCCUGAUGUACAGUAAUAGGGGUUAUGUAGCACAACAAAUAGUAUACAAAGCAUAUCCUAAUGUCUAUUGAUGAUGUUUAGCUGCUGUGAUCAUUGUUAUAAUAUUUAAGGUUCUGGGUGAGUUUUCUUUAGUCCUCGUGUUGCUUUAUACGUCUGUCCAAGAGCUAUUGUUACAACCUCUUCACAAAACAAAUAUUCUGUGAGAAAAUAUGUAACAGACUUGCAUGUGCUGUUUGUGUUGCUGUGGAUUUUUUUUUUCCAUGUAUGCUUCUUCCCUUUAUGCUCCUUUUCCUCGAAUGUGUCCCUUACGUAGCAGCUGCAGCUAAGUUUACCACCUUUUCCUACCUACAGGGUGACACUGGGCAGUAGGCAACCAAAGAAGGAGAACUUCUCAAAUGGUUCUGAAAAAGCUUAAAAGAGAACAUAUAUUAUAAAAAAAAGACAUAUAUACAUAUACAAAUAGCCGAGAUAUAUAUAUAUAUAUAUAUAUACACUGUAUAUAGCUAUAUAUAAACAAUAUAUAAAUAUGAAGAAAUUAAAUAUAUUAUUCUGUGUAUUUUGGAGACUGAGAUACUGCCACUCAUCCUUCAUUUAGUGGUCAUUAUUAAUGUGUGCCAAUAUGUUAUACUUAUGACAUCUUCAGGUAACCUUUGGCCUUAUAGAUGUCCUCUGGUAUUAAAGUAUUGUAUCGAGUAGCUUCCAAUCAGUCAUUAUGUGGUCAGUCUAUAUUGUAAUGUAUGUUGUGUCAUUUGGCACUUUACUGUGGACCUAUCAGAGCAUAGGUAAAAAUUCUUAUUACUUGGGUAAUGUCAUAUAUUUAUGUGUGUUUUACAAGAGGUAAAUCUGCCUAUGGAUACAGAUAUGUACCUCCAAAAUGCCAUAGCAUCCUUUGAUUUGAAUUAUAGAGUAUAAAUAUGAAAAAUAUAUAGAUUUUAAAUUCUGUGCCAGACAACAAAGUAAAACUAAAAUAAAUAAUAAACAAAAAUAAUAAUACAAAAAGAGGAAAUAAAUGUAUAUGAAAGGCAUAAUUUAUUUUAAAUGUCAUUAAUCCUUGAGGCCCUACCUCAGAUUUUGUAUUGAUGUAUAGAAAUGCAAUUCACAUCAUAGUAUCUUUGCCAAUAAUUCAAUAAAACCAUAUUUAUCAUAAAAUGUAUAACCUCUUAAUCAAUAAAUGUUAAUGUUUUCAACUCCA